AUACGCAUGCUGAAAUGAUACUUCCGGUUGUACCGCAAGAAUGGCGGACAAGCUGACCGAUGCCGAAAUAGCUGACGAAUUAAGGAAGUUUGGAGAACAAGUGAAGGUUCCCAUAGACAGGAAAAAGAGACCAUUGCUUCUAAAAAAGCUUAACCAUUAUCGUGCAAAAGAAAGGGCUGCCACGCAGCCCAAAAAGUCGUCACCAUCUCGUAAAAAACAGCCGGCUGAAUUUAGCUCUGAGGAGAGCGCCGAAGAGGAUAAUGAAGCCGAUUCAACAUUUGGAAAAAUAUUUGGUCGUGCGAAAAAGGCACCAUCAUCUCCUUUCUACAGCAACACUAACACUAUUGAAAUAUCCCCCUCGUCGUCAAAAGACGACCCUAAACUCAAAAGGAACACGAGAAGAUCUUUUCUCUCAAAAGAUGUUAAUUCUUCUGAAAACAAAUCAAAAAUGUACCCGGACUUGUCAGAACUGUCCAUUUCUAGUGACAGCAAUUCGAAGAACAGUUCUUUAAAUAGAAGCACUUUAGAAUAUAGUUAUGAACAAGAAUUCACAGACUCUGAUCCAGACGAAAGUACAUAUGAAGUAGUAAAUAAAUCGGUGAACACAACAUUUAUUUAUGACAAUCAGGAUGAGGAACCAACACUCCACCAAACUCGUAGCACACCUCAUCGCGGUACACCAAAUCGUAAAUCUGGAAAUACCCCAAACUCUGUCUUGGUUCAAAGACAAAAGAAAAAUAAAGCUAACAUGAAUCAUGUAAAUAAAUUGCCAAAAGAAGAACCUGAAGAGCCAUUAGAGGAUGCAUUUCAGACUACAGAGAAAGUAACAGAAACAUCAUCAAGCUAUGUUUCAUCAAUUCUAGUGCUUCUUGUUGCCAUAUUCUUCCUCAGUAUCUCACUCACAUAUGUUUAUUUACGAAGAGAUUAUUUGUUUCACACAGAAUCAGAAUCAGGUCUUAUUGUGCCAUGGUCUACAAAGUUUGGUGAAGAUAAAACACAUGAUACAGAUGAUAUCUUGGAGAUUGUUAGAAAAAUUAGUGCUUACAUUCAUCAGCAACCUCUAGAUCCAAAAGCAGAUGCGAAAAGAGUAACAAAACAAGUUGUGAAAAUGAAGUUGGAAAAAGAUAGGGUUGUUAAGAAGGAUGGUGUUGAAUUUAUGAAAGCGUUACAUUUAAUCUUAGCCAAUCCAGUGUGGUCCAUCAGAUUACUUAAGGAAGAUGGUCAGCCUAUAGUAUAUACUCCAGAUUCCGAAGACGAAGAUGCUGUAGAAAAGGCAGCAUAUCUAGAAGCAGACAGAGACAAAUCAUUGUUAGAAAGACUGAGGGACUCAGCAUACAGAAUAUUUGUUGGAUUUGUCUUGUUGUUAUCAUGUAUUAUAGCAGGAGUGAUAGGGUUGUUAAUUCUCAGGUUUUAUAACAAGUCCAAAGAAGAAGAACAAAAGAGAGUCUACAAUAUGGUGGAACAAAUCAUUGAUGUCAUUAAAGAUAACUUUGAAGCAAGUGAAGGAGAAAGUAAUGUGCCGUCAUUUAUGGCCAUUCAACAUGUACGAGAUCAACUACUACCUAUAGCAAAAAGAAAGAAACUCCUGCCUACGUGGGAAAAAGCUGUUAAAUUUAUUGAAGCUAAUGAGUCGAGGAUUCGAGUUGAAUCCCAGUCCAUACAAGGAGAAGAAUUUCUGGUCUGGAAAUGGCUUCCAACAAUAUCUAAUGGUGGAAAAGUUUGGCAGGGGCAAGCCUUUAGUGAGAACAAUAUGUCACCAUCAACUAGUCUACAUUAUGGCCCUACUCCCUGUCUGAAGAUAAGGAACAUGUUUGAUGCUGAUAUGGAAAUAGAGGAAGACUGGGAACAAAAUGUGAAAGACGCCAUUCUGGAGAAAUGUAGAGGAAUAACUGGUAUACUACACAUACAUGUAGAUGAUACGUCGAAAGAGGGCUGUGUGUACAUGAAAUGUGGAAGCUGUGAAGUGGCUUACAAAGUGUACAAAUCUUUACAUGGAUGGUGGUUUGAUGGUCGUUUGGUAACAGUUAAAUAUCUGCGACUAGAGCUUUAUCAUAGUAGAUUUCCAGUUUCAAUUCGUGUUACCAAAUCCUUGAAGCCUUCCAACAAUAAGAUGUCGUCUUUGUCCCAGCCAUACCAUCGAUCAACACUUGAAAUGACGUAAUGGCAUCCUAUAGUUAGAUAACAGAUCUCAUUGUACAUGGACUUCAGUGCCUUGUAUAAUUUUAUUUAUGUUGAUUAGUGCACAUGAUGUGAAGAUAUUUCCAAGACUGUUCCAGGUGAAGAUGAACAUUUAGUGACAAAUGAAUCGUGGAUUGAAUAUUGCAAGAUUUUGUAGAUUUUUUUCAUAGGGCAGUGUUGAUUUGAAUAUCAUGUAAAGAUGUAUUUUUAUUUGUUUGUUUAAUUAAUGUACUCAGUCAUGAAAGUGUAGGUUAUUUCAACAAAUUUUGCUUUGUAUUAUCCAUUUCAACAAAACAUUCUGGUAAUUUUUUCUUUUUUUUUUGGCUAGAAUACUAGUAAGAUCUUUAUGCACCUUUGUCUUUGGUCUAGUUAUACAUGAUAUCUUAGGUAAAUGUAACAAUGGUCCAUUCGUUUGAUGUGUUAUAUCAUUUUAUUUUGCCAUUUGAUUAGGGACUUUCUGUUUUGAAUUUUCCUCAGAGUUCAGUAUUUUUGUGAUUUUACUUUUUCCAAGUAAAGGAUAAGCCAAUUACAGUUUCAAAAUUUCAUUAGAUUUGUAAAAUACUUCUGGUUUUGUUUCCUUUAAAUGAUCUAUCACUUUCGAGUUUGGGCCAAAGUUAGCAUUUAGAUUUUUGGAAUAUUCCUGGAUUUGUUUCCUUUAAACUUCCUGGUUUUGGUUUAAGUUUACUUUAGGGGUGGGUAGAUUGUUAACAGAUAGGUUACUGUAGUUUAGAGAUCUUUUAACUUUGACCUUUAGAGAUCUUUUUACUUUGACCGUUAUAGAUCAGGAUUCAUUAGAGAACAUGUAGCUAUUAUUGCCUUUGUAGUGUAGUACAAUGUUAUCCAAUACUCCUAAACCAGCCUAUUUCAAUUGAAGUGCAACUUCAGAUUAUUUCACUAAUCUGCUCAUCUUCAGAAUUUUGCAUAUGAGGUUGGGAUCAGUAAGUGUUUUUGGUUUUGAUCCAUUUGAAAACAAAAGUUCUUCAAAAUACAAACAAUAUUUGUAACAGAAUAACCCUACACAAUUAUGUGCCAUUUUCUCAGGUAAUUGUAAUAUCAUGUUUUAAUUACAUAACAACUGUUCCAUUAAGUUAAAAUAUAAUGGGUACACAAACAUUUUUUGUGAGGCUUUACAGUGUAUAAUAUAGGUAUAUUUCUGACAGAGGACUUUAAAAUAGUUGAUUUCAAAAAAGUUUUUGAAGGUUAGUUUAUAAUGUUCAUGCUGUUAGUUAUAACAUCACACUCAUCAUGUGCUUAUAUAACUCUUAUAUAUGAUAGGGGUAUAUAUGAUUUUUGUGUAGUUUUGUUACACUAUUGGCAAUUUUGUUAUGUAAUAUGCCUUAAUGUCCUUUAUUUUAUGUAUUUUGUCGAAUCCUACCAUACAGUCAAACUUCAAUAGUUUGAACUAAAUAAUAGUUAAAAUGUUGGUGCAACCUUGAAAUCUAAAUCUGCUCUGAACUCUUACAUUUAAUUAAGUCAAUAACACUUUGUUUGAAUUAACUUUGUGAUUUUCAUUGUGAAUUAAAUAAAAAAAACUUUAACUUUUUGCAUACCUUGGGUAUAUCUUGUUAGUUUAUUUAUGUCACAAGACCUUUUCAUUUUCCAGCUCCAUAACUUUGCUAAGUGGGUAAUAAGAAGAUUAUUUACACUUGUGAAGUAGCUGAUCCAGGGGUUGGGGGUGAUUCAAGGGUUGGAACCACCUUUAAUUGGACGAUCAAUGCAUUUGGAUGAAGACAUGUGGUUGGAACCCCUCUUUUUAAAAUGGCUGGAUCCACCCCUGUGCUGGAACUGUUAUUAGUUAUUAACAUACAUGUGUGUAUGUCUUGAUUGUGUAAUUAACAAUUGACAUACAAUUCCUUUUGUGCCAUGCCAUCAAAAUUAUCUUUUUAUUGCAUUUAUAUUCAGCAGUGACAAAAAGGUUAUGCAACUUAAGAGGAAUCUAUUUUGUAUUGAUUUCUUUCUUUCAUGUCUUACAAAAGCAUCAACGUAUUUGCUGUAAGGUUAAGAGGUAUCUAUUUUGUAUUGAUUUCUUUCUUUCAUGUCUUACAAAAGCAUCAAAGUAUUUGCUGUAAGGUUACACUGACCGUGUAAGGGCUCUAUAGCCAGUCAAGGUAGUUAAAACCUCCCAUCAUCAUGUAGUGUUAUUUAACAAAGAUGUAGGCAAUAAAUUCAUUUGCUUAAUCUGUUGAUUCUGUUUAAUUUUAUUAAAACUUGUAAAUAUGUGUACAAGUAAAUUAUGAUAAUGUAAGUAUGAUAAUGAUGAAUUUGAUUUUACUAUGUUUUGUAGAAAUUCAUCAAAAUUGUGUGUAGAAGAAAUUCUGUAUUUUCUUCUGUUUGGUUCCAAUGCAAUAUUUAAAUCUACUGCCACUGAUUCAAUGAAAUCCCUGUAUAAUUCAUUGUCAUGCUUUAAGAAUGAAGGAAAUAAUAUUAAUGGUAAAAAAUAUAACUAAUGAUACAUAUAAGCUAUAAUCAUAGCACAUUAAUUUGCUCAUUCCCGUAGCCAGGGGGGGUUCGGACGAACUCCCCCUUGAAAACUAAUAAGCACUGUUAAAGUCGAUGUUCUGUUCGAAUUGUGACUAUUAAAGUCGAGUUUGUGAGUCAAACGAACCCCCCUUCGGAAAUUCCUGGCUACGGGCCUGUUGCUAUAUCAUAUUAUUCUCUUCUAUAAAAAAGUUAUAAUUGAUUUUGAUUUUUGCCUUGAUUUCUACACAAAUUUAGGAAGGAUUUUCAUUUGAAAUGAAGUAAUUGCAAUAAAUGCAAACUGUUUACAUGUAAUGUAACUACAGACAGUUGUUAAUAUUAUUUGUUUAUAAGAAUUAUAGUUGUACUUCAAGCUAAUAUUUUUACAAGAGAGAUGAUAAUUUUUGAGAAAAUGAUGUAAAAAAGUCAAAGUUAAACACAUAUAAAUACUCAUGGAUUUCGAUCAAUUGCCUAGCUUGCCGCUGUCGAGCAUGAUUUAUAUUAGCUAAUCUGUACUAGACUUACUUCUGUUAUUUGUUUUCAUUGGUUACGCAUGAGGACUAGUGCUACUUCACUCUUUUAUUCAAAGAUUCAGCCCACAAAAAGAAUCUAUGAAUCUUGGUAUAAAAGUUUUUUAACUAAUUUCAUCACAAGCUUUAAAAUAUAGGUUACCAUGUAUGGAUAUUCUUGGUUUUCGAAAUGAAAAUCCAAGUACAUCUUUAAGAUAUGUUACACAAAUUUGGGAAAAAAUGUUAAACAUGAUUUCUUUUAUCAUUUUAUCUUAUUUUAAAAGUAGACGAAUAUGUUUAAAGGUGUUUAUUAAGUUUUUAGUUAAAUGUAAAUACAUACUUUGUUACAAGUUGUAUUUUAAAAUUAUAAUACCAAUAUCUAGACAGAAAUAAAUGGCAUCUGAUUUUUAUUUGGUUGUAUAAAAAAAUAUUUUGUCAACAGUCACGUUUUCCAUUGAUUAUUUGUUUAUUCUGUAAUGCAUUAGCAUUUUUACUUCAUUGUCAUUUUUUAUGAAGGACUUUUAGAAAAUUAGUAUAAAAUCAACAAUCUAUCUUCUGAUGGAAACUUACACAUGAAGUAUGGUAUAACAAGGUUGCUGAAGAUAAUAAUCACUGAAGCCUGAUGGUAAAAUAAACCUUUGAAUACAUUAAAAGGAACUUGACUUCAUGUAUAUGAUCUCUUUGGUUUUUUUUUUUCUUUUUAAGAAAAACAACUUUAUACAAAUUAAGUAGGAGUAAACAGUUAUUCAGUUUUUUUAUACACAGGGUUAAUAAUACAUGCCUACAGUCAUUUUUUACAUGGACUAAUAUAUAUAUGAUCAGUACUAUUACAUAUUCUUUUGCAGACAUCAAUCCUAUUUUUAACUUAGUUAGAAGUAGGAACUUACACUUGAUUUGUAAAUACAUUGAAAUGACUAUAUGGAUGAUUCAUAUUAAAUCUUACUAAUCUGU